GAGAGAAUGAGAAUCAUUAUAAUUACCACCCUUCCCUACUACGACUAGCCUACUACAACGGCGGCCAGUGUUGCUGCAUAGUGUAUCUGGGUUGCCGCUGCAUUAAUAGAUUGCAUCGAAUAUUUGAGAUUUUUUCUUUUUCUUUUCUAAAAGAGAGUGCAGAUAAGUGUCGCUGGAUACAAUUCUGCUCAAAAACCGUGCCGCUCCUAUUGAAACGGCGACAGUUUGCUCCUUUAGUAUUCAUUUGAAAGAAAACAAUAAAGCAAGAACACAUCCUUCAAAAACGGAUAGUACGAGAACCCGCUACUUAAUCCUGCUAAGUUUUUCUCUGCUGUAGCAAGGCGCUCCCUCUAACCCUGCAGCCAUGGAUGAAAUGGACCUUCCCCAGAUGAAGAAAGAGGUGGAAAGCCUCAAAUACCAGCUAGCCUUCAACAGGGAGAAGUCUUCCAAGACCGUACCAGACCUGGUGAAGUGGAUUGAGGAGGGAGUUCCCAAUGACCCCUUCCUUAACCCGGAGCUCAUGAAGGCCAACCCGUGGGUGGAAAAGGGGAAGUGUACCAUUCUUUAACAGCAGAGCAAGUGUGCACACCAAGCACAGCACGCACAUAGGCACUGUACAGCACAACAGAGACUGUUAAGGAAGAUCUCUACUUAGCUACUCACAGUGAAUGUAAAAUAGCUUAUUAAAACAAAAAAAAGGUAAUCAUUGCAAAAGUUAAAAUGCUCUUGAUGCAACUUUAUUUUAUUUUUUUUUAAAUCCAUACAAUAGGUUUCAUUUUCUUUUUUUGCAUGUAAACGUUUU